AUGAAAUUCGAUACUUUUCUUGCAACAGUUGGCGAUUGGGGUAGAUUUCAACAAGUAAAAUAUACUAUUAUUUGUUUGACAUAUAUGUUACCACCAAUAAUGGUAUAUACUUAUACAUUUACAGCAGCUAUACCAAAUAUUCGAUGUCAACAUCCUGAAUUAAUGUCAAAUGAUAAUUAUAAUGCAUCAUUCAAUAAAUUAUUUGAUUCGAAAUAUAAACCAACUGAAAGCCAAUGCCAAAAACAAAAAAGUAGUAUAUCAAUUAAAGAAUGUCAACGUUGUUAUGUACGACCAGUAUUAGAAUUUCAUGAAAACAUUAGUCAAUCUGAUACACAAUUAGAACCAUGUAAUAAAUAUGUUUUUGAUAAAGUUUAUUAUGAAAAAACAUUAGUUGAAGAGUGGACUAUGGUUUGUGAUCGUCAGAUUUAUCGUGCAAGUGCACAAAUGAUUUUUUUCGUCGGUUAUAUGGUGGGUUCUAUAUUUUUUGGCAUGUUAGCUGACAAAUAUGGUCGCCGUCCUAUAAUGAGUGUCAGUUUUAUUCUAAUGAGUUUCUCAGGAUUUCUAUGUGCAUUUGGUCCUCAAGAUGCACUAGGAGUUUUGCCAUCGUAUAUUAUUUUUGUAAUAGCUCGUUUUUUACUUGCAUGUUCAACACGAGGAAUAUCUGUAUCUGGUUUUGUACUUGGUUCAGAAAUAGUUGGACCAAGUAAACGUUUAUUAACGGGAAUUGUAAUUGAAUAUUUUUUUGUAUUUGGACAAUUAUUUCUCUUAUGCUUUGCAUUUGUGAUUCGAACAUGGAGAAGAUUAACAUGUGCUAUUUCAUUAUUUACUGUACCGUAUAUAUUCUUUUAUUUUAUUUUACCUGAAAGUCCUCGAUGGCUUGUUAGUAAAGGACGUUUCGAUGAUGCUGAAAAAAUUUUACGUCAUAUUGCAACUCAAAAUAAACGAGAUUUUGAUCAAAAUGCUUUUCAGCAAAUGAAAGAAGAACAAGAAAAAAAUAUGUCUAGUAAACAACAUCAAGAAGGUAUUAGUAGUUUAUUUAAAUCAAGAAUUAUGUUUUUAAUUACUGUUAAUCUUUUUUUUCAAUGGCUUGCGCAAAAUCUUGUAUUUUAUGGUGUUUCACAAAAUACAGGAGCAUGGGACUUAAAUCCAUAUUUAUCCUUUGGUCUAAGUGCUUUGAUUGAAUUAUUGGCUUACAUAGUCGUUCAUUUAAUACUCGAUCGAACUGGUCGUAAAUUACCUUAUAUUUUAUUUGCAAUUCUAUUUAGUUUGGUUGCCUUUCUUAUCUUACCUAUACAAAAAUAUAUGACAAAAAAUAGUAAUGCUCAAACUAUAUUAUUGAAUAUAAUUUAUGGUGCAUUAAAAUUCUUUGCAUCUGCAUCUUAUGCUAUUAUAUAUAUUUAUGCUAAUGAAUUAUUUCCAACUAAUGUCAGAAAUACAGGCAUGGGAAUUUGUUCUAUGAUUGCACGUAUUGGUGCUAUUAUUGGUACACUUUGUAAUGAUUCUUUAACACGUAUGUGGAUUCAUUUACCUAUACUUUUAUAUGGUGUUGUUUCUCUUGUGGCUGCAAUAUUAGCAUUGAUGUUUCCAGAAACCUUAAAUAAACUCUUACCACAAACUGUUGCUGAUGUUGAACGAAUGGGUUUAAUAUGUUUUCGAAGUAAGAACCAUCAAACUACAAUUAUUGUUGAUCCCACAUUACCAGGAUAUAAUGAAGAAAAUAUAUUGAAAAAAGAUUUACACCAAUGUGAUGCUGAAGAUAGUAAAUUAUAG